UACCUUAGGCUACGUUUAUUUAGAAAUGUGUAACUUUAUGUAGGAAAUGUUGCUUUUCGAUCUAAUAGGCCACGUCUAAUUUAAUCCGAUCACAAUCAGUCAUAUUGUUAAUGGUAAUUUAUUUUCUAAUAGUUUACAUUUACUUUUCUGCUAUUCCUCUUUUUAGGCUGUGGUAAAUAGUGAUAGCUCAGAAGUAUUAAGUGGAUAUUUUUUUUUAUUUUUCUUACUUAGGCGGUCUAACAAACACCACGAUGACAGUCUAUUGUGAAUCUUGCAAAAGUUCUGAAAGCGCAAGACGAGGCUCCUUCUCAAGUUCUCCCCAUCGCACGGAGACUAUCUGUCAGAAAUUCUGCAGAAGAUUUAGGUCCACUAAGGGGGCCUCCAAAGCCCGGCGGGAUCAGAUGAACGGAGAGAUCCGGAACAUGCGUACCUUACUGCCCAUCCCACAAGAGGACCAGGAACGGCUCUCAUACCUCCACUCCAUGUCCGUCAUCUGCACCUACAUCAGGAAGUCCGUCCUCUACAAAGUUCGAUCAGAGGCAAGACAGGCCGACUCCUUCCUUCCCUGUGAUUUUCUGCAAGCCCUCCCUGGCUUUAUCUUGGUCAUGACCAGAGAAGGGAAGAUGGUGUACGUGUCUGAAAAUGUGUCAGACUACUUGGGUCUCUCCAUGGUUGACAUUCUUCAAGGAGACACAUUCUACGACAUGAUUGACAGUUCCUGUGAGGACCUUGUCAGGGAAAAUUUAGAGACAGAUACCUGUCCAUUGAGAGACGUAUCCUUUGUGUGUCAGAUGCACACUUCCAAGGCAUUCCGGCUCCAGCACGGCAGCCACUGCACUCUCUCGGUGCGAGGACGUUUCCAGGCCGGCCCACAAUCCUCCCUGUUUGUGGCCUUGUGCACGCCCACGGUGAACCGGCUACAUGAGGCCAACCUCCCGUGCCACAGCCCCCGCUUCCAAACCCUCCACAGGCCAGACAUGUCGUUCAAGCACGCCCCCCGCAGUGUGUUUUUCCAAACGGGCCACACUUCAGAGGAGUUGGCUGGUCAGUCAUGGUACAGCCUGAUCCAUCCUGAGGACCUGUCCAUUGCUGCCUGUGCACACAAAAGCAUGAUUGAGCUAAUGGACGAACCACAGGUGGAGAUGGUGUUGAGGCUGCAGUGUAAGGACCUUUCAUGGACUUGGCUUUACAUCUGUGCUGUCAAGUAUGCUGGGAAAGAUGAAAUUGCAUGCACAAACUACAUCAUCAGUGAAACAGAGGCCAUCUUUCUCAAGCAAAACAUCCACAAUAAUGCCUUAAGAGUGCCCAUGAAGUCAUUCAGCAGUCCUCCAGCUUCCCAGAUGCCUUUGAGCCCCGAGGGCUGCACAAACAGGUCCCCAAAAAGACGGCGGAACUCUGGCCAGCUGGUUGAAGAAUCGAGAAAAAAGACUCGGCUACCAGAGCCCAGCAUGAAUGUUGUCAUGUGCGACCAUCACCUUGGCAACCAAGACAGCCUCUCUGUGCACCUGGGACAUGGUACCACAGUGUUCUCCAGCCCUCCUUACAGCCCGGCCUCCUCUCAGUCUCCCCCCAUGCAGGAGGAGCCCAACCCAGACUACUUCUUGGACGAGCAGUACAACUUUACAGAAGGGUUACUGUCGCCCCCUAGUGGGUCACCCCAUUAUAGCCCCCCCAGCAGCAGCAUGGUGGAUCCAGAGCCUUCGGGCACUUUUGCCCCGACUCCAGCGCCCCAGAGCUUCCACAGCGAGGCUUUUCACUCCGGCUCCUUUAAUGUGGUGUCCACCCCUACCUCGUCUGGUCCGCAUCCCGUGUACGGUUUCCCGGACUGCGCGGGCGACUCGUGUCUUGUCCCUGACUACCAGCCUCUGUUGGAGGUCUACGAGAGCCAGGCUGAGUGUAUCCUCCAUCCGGAGGACUUCAGCUUGCUGCCUGUGGCUCCUCUGGAUAUGGGGGCGUCUGAGCCUUCCCAGGUGCUGCCACCGGCAUCGCACCAAGCCCCCCCUCUGACCCCAGAGGCCCCCCCAGGUGUCCACAUGCAGUUCCACUACAGCGAGCGUGGGCUCAAGCACGAGCAGGUGGAGAUCAGCCUACUGGCUCACCAGAUCUCCUCACUGGCCAGCAGCUUCAACGCCUACUGCUCUCAGGCCCUGGCCCCUGGGAACGCCUCUCCCCAGCAUCAGGAGCCCCCGCUGGCCUGGCCCCAGCACGCUCUCCCCCAUUACCUACCCAGCGCUGGCUCAGAGCCUGUGCUGGACGAGGGCACAAUCGACUGCAUCCUUAAGGACCUGGAUGGGGUGUUUGGGAAAGUUGAGGGCUGGGUGCAGCCAGAGGUCUCCCAGUUUAGCAGGCGCACCCUGGCCCAGUCGCAGGACCUGUCUCUGGCCGCUCUGGUGGACUGUCUCCCCAUGGACGAGUUUGACUCCGCCAACACGACUUCUGAUCCACUCAUCCUGAGGUCAGAAUGCCGGGACCAAAACACUGGGUUGCAUCAACUCAACCAGUAUGCCCACUGCAGCAUUCCACAAGAUGGGCUUGCUGAAGAAUCCAUGUACUGACUGUGUCUCUGACUUACAGUACUACCCCUCGUAUGGCAUAUUGCCAUGGCAUCUAAAGGCUUUGUCACUUGACUAAAUAUCCCGACUUCUUUCAUUGGGCGUACCAUAUCACAUAAUGCUCUUCUUCUAAAAAAACAGAACUGAUUUCCUAAACAAAGAAGUUAGCCUUUAAUAAACUGUCCUGUCACUAAGUGAAGGAAACUCAAUACUUCAGUACCAUAAGUUUGCUCAUGUUGUUGAUAACUCUUAUGUAAAUAGUGUGUCUGUGUUCUGUUUCUUCCCUUGGAAGUACGGUACUGCUAUGUGACACUAACCAUUGUUGUUUUCAAACUUGAAUAACCACUAGUAACAGUUGAGCAAUUACUACAUGUAAAGGUACUCGUGCUGUCUAUAAAGCAUCUGGUGAGAACAGCCUUGUUUCAUUUUCUCCCCGAGUUAGUAAGACACAAAAUAAGUACGAUAACUACCUCAGAGUAAUGGUACUAUAUUCACUGAAGAUGUGUUUUUGUAUUGGUGUGUAUUUAUUGUGAAAUGAAUGUGCUUGCGAUGUUGUCCUAAAGUGAAAUAUUCUUCAUGUGAUGAAAAUGUUACAUUCCGAUGUGUGAAAGCUGUGAAUUCUUAAACCGACCGCCGAGCACAGAGACAAUCCAUUUUUGAUGAUGGUGACCAAAGGGGUUGGGGAAAUAUACUAUUUCUUGACAUUCAGAAUUUUGUUUUAUUUUUCUAAACACGACUUAAUAAAAUGCCCCAUGAAAUAAUAUCCGCUCUUAUGUUAUUUUUCUACAUUAUUUCACAUUUCAACACUGCUAGAUUACUUGUAAUAAGCACACAUUAAAGCUUCUGCAUACAAAGUAGUCAGACAAACUUUAUGUUAAGUAUCCUUCUUGUAAUGCAAGUAAUAUUAUCUGUAAAUUCAAAUUCUUCCAUGUUAAUGGCCCUAGUCUUAGCCCUAAGCACAACCCCCUAAUACACCAGCAACCAUAUAUAUCUACUAAUAGAAAAAGUACAUUAUACUAACCUAUACUAAGUGCACAUUAGGUUGGCAGACAUAGUACAGAGCUCUCAUAAGC